AUGGAGCAGAAAGUAUCAUUCUCAUCAUGCCAAGAACCCAUUGUGUGGCCCUCAGAAAAGUGUGUUGCACUAAUCACUGGGGCAAACAAAGGCAUUGGAUUCGAAGUAGCACGUCAAUUGGGUCGUAAAGGUAUAUUGGUACUGGUUGGCUCUCGGGAUCUCGUAAAAGGCAGUAUGGCAAUGGAGAAAUUAAAGAUUGAAAAUAUUUUUGCACAGCUUAUGGAGAUCGAUGUCACAAAUCAGCAGACAAUUGAUCGUGCAGUAGCGAGAGUGGAAAAAGAAUAUGGGCAUUUAGACAUAUUAAUAAAUAAUGCAGCAGUACAGCAUGAAGGAGAAGCACCUAGUGAAACAAAGAUGGAGAAGCUACAUCAGACGUUCGAGGCCAACUUUUUCGGGGUAUUUUCCGUGACAAAGGCAUUCAUUCCACUUCUACAAAAGUCACCUAAUGGUGCACGUAUCAUAAACGUAUCUAGUCAAUUAGAUUUUAACUUUCGUUUUCUAGGAUCAUUUGGAAAUCAUAUAAAGGGUAGAAAUAAACUAGCAUAUUCGUGUUCAAAAGCAGCGUUAAAUAUGAUGACAUAUCAAUUUGCAAAAGAGUUCCAAGAUAAACGGAUGCGUAUUACAAUAAAUUCAGUGGAUCCAGUGUAA